AUAAACAGGAUUUCUAUAACUAAUUUUAAUAGGACUAACAAAUUGAAUUUAACAUCCCCCACAGUAUUGUUAUAUGUAUUCACCACUGUGGUCAAAAGUGGUCUAAUUUUAUCUUUGAAUCUACUAUAUUGAAGCGUAGUCAAGAGUCCUGAAGCUCACGAUUAAAAAGGAGAGUUUAUUCACUUCUUUUAGUCUCAUUAAUAUAUUAUCCUGAGUCAUUGUUUGAAAUCUUUUUGUUUUUUUCUAACAGUCUGAUUCUUUGACCUUGAUUUCAAAAAUAUUAUUCAAUGCCCAAACAGGAUAUAAAACCUGAGGAGGCUUCACAAGGCACUAUGACGCCGCCUCAACCUAUCCAACCCCAUCCAAUACAACCUCAUCCGGAAAAAUCACAACUGUCCCCGGUAUCUAGUCAGGCACAACAUAAAAGAAGAAGGGUCACUCGUGCUUGUGAUGAAUGUAGAAAGAAAAAGGUCAAAUGUGAUGGGAAACAACCUUGUAUACAUUGUACGGUGUAUUCAUAUACUUGUACAUACCAACAACCCAACAUUCGUAAUAAGAAGUCAUCCAUUGCUCCUCAACAACUGUCUUUAGGAAUCUCUUCUUUCCUCAACCAUGCUGGAAAUCCAACUGGAGUGGUACCGGGGAAUUCACCUUUUGUUGCAAAUUCACAACUAGGAAUGACAAAUGCCCUAGGAUCUCUUUCUAAACAACAACAAUCAACCUUAAAAGGUUUAGUACGGCUAUUGCUUCCAAAAUUAAAUAUUGAUGAAAACCCUCAAGAUUUUAAUUUGGAUAAAUUUGAACGAGUUUUCAAAUACCUUCUGACAAAGAAUUCAGGAUCGUUACCACUUAAUGAACUUUCUGAACUUUAUAUGGAUGGGCCUUCAAAGGGUAUUCCCAUUCAUGAAAAAACAGAACGACAGUCAUCUGUAUCGUCCAUGGAUGAUACACCUUCUAGUCUUGCAAGAGAACAUAAGAUAAUACUCCCACCCAAGGAAGUUGCCCUUAAUUUGAUAUAUACCACUUGGAAUAAAGCGUGUGUAUUGUUUAGAUUCUAUCAUAGACCCUCGCUUUUGGAGGAAGUUGAACUUCUCUAUAGUAUUGAUCCUUCAAAUUAUACUGAUAGACAACAAAAGUUCCUUCCAUUUAUGUACUCUAUACUUGCUACCGGGCUGCUUUUUUCUAAGCUGACAGAUAAUCAUCCAACCAGUAAUGACUCAUUAGAAGAUGAUGGGUUUAGAUAUUUCAUGGCUGCGAGGAAACUUAUAGAUAUUACAAAUGUUGGAGACAUUAUUUCUAUUCAAACUAUUGUGAUGAUGGUUUUAUAUUUACAAUGUUCUGCUAGACUCUCCACAUGCUAUUCUUAUAUUGGGAUUGCACUUCGAAGUUCUCUUAAAGAAGGUCUUCAUAGAAAUUUAUCAAUUUUCCAAAAUUCUAAAAAGAAUAAGCUUACACCAAUAGAAAUUGAUACAAGGAAAAGAUUAUUUUAUACAAUCUAUAAGAUGGAUAUUUAUAUAAAUUCUUUGUUGGGAUUACCUCGAUCAAUUCAAGAAGAAGAAUUCGAUCAAGAACUUCCAGAAGAUUUGGAUGAUGAAAAUAUUACCGUUGACGAUAUAAAAUUCUCUAAUCAAGUUGGACUCUCAUCUUCUGGUUGUGCAAAUCAUCAUACUAAGCUUAUGUUAAUUAUUUCACAUAUUGUGAAGGAUUUAUAUCCUAUUAAGAACAAGGGUAAUUCAGAAGAUCGUCUUACGCCUGAAUAUACACACGCAAGAGUUACUGAAAUUGAAUUAGAAUUGAAAACUUGGUUAGAUAAUCUUCCAAAGGAAUUAAAACCAACUGAUCCAAACGUUUCAGAUUCCGGGAAGGAUAUCCCACAAAGAUUUGUUUUGGCAAAUUGUUAUCUUCAUUUGGCAUUUCUUAAUUGUCAAAUUAUGCUUUAUAGACCUUUUAUUCAUUUCAUCAGUACUGGAAGUAACAUUCGUCGUUCAGAUCCAAGAUCAUUGAUCAGAGGAAGAAAUUGUAUAAAAGUGGCAAGAAUGGUUGUGAAAUUGGCCAACAAGAUGAUUGAUCAAAAUUUACUUGUUGGAACAUAUUGGUUUUCAAUGUAUACGAUAUUUUUUUCAAUUGCUUGUUUGAUAUAUUAUUUCCAUUUUGCUAAUUAUAGAAAUGCGAGUCUGAGUGGAGUAAAUUAUGCUGGGGUUUUAUUUGAUGAUGAUUUAAAUAUCGAUAUGAUUAAAAAGGAUAUUGAAGUGGGAAAGAAGGUUUUGGAUUGUUUAAAGAAUAAUUCAAACUCAUCAUUAAGAAUCUUCAAUAUUUUGAAUAAUCUUUUUGAACAAUUAAACAGGAGAACUGCCACUAGUUCUCGUGGGAACACUAGUGUUUCUAUGAUACAACACGAGAGUAAUGUAGAUGAUUUCAUGCAUCCAGUUGCCACCCAGAAUAAUAAGACAUUAGAAUCAACUUUUUAUAACUUUGAUUCUAUGAACAAUUUCCAACAUCCAAACCCUGAACAUCAACAAACCAUUCAAGAACCUAUUAAAUUAAUGUCUCCAGAUUUAGUGGAAAAUGAUGGAAACAAAGUUUCUGAAUCAAAAGAUAAUAGUAUUCCAGUUUCAACUAAUUUCCCAAGAGUUGAUGCUUCAAAACUUUCAGAACCAUUACUGCAUCCAAUUUCAGCAAGUUCUGAAACUCCAAUAACUGAGGAGUACAUGCCUGGUGUAAUAGAUAAGCUUGAUGCACAAAUAUUUGGAAGGAUUCUUCCACCAUAUAUGUUGGAACCUAAUGCAAAAUACGCUACAAUUAAUAAAGAGGCAGCUUCGCUUAAUCAUGGAAAGAAUGGAUCUGAGAACAAAUUCGAUGAAACAGCUCCACCAUCGUAUAAUACAGAAAAUCCACACUCGAACCCUAUAAAUUAUGAAGAUUUUGACUUCUUGAUGUUGGAUGAUGCUGGAACUAUCGACCACUUGGAUCCCUUUAAUCCUCAAUACCACAUGCAAAUGUCACCUUAAAUUUCCGUUUCUACCAUUUUUUGAGAAAAUAAUUACAAAAAAAAACAUGUACAAGAAAUCUUAC